GGAUUUUUAAAGACUUCGUGAAAUGUGGAGUUUACUGUAUUAUGUAUAGUGUUAUAUUAGUAUCAAUACUGAAUGCAUCAGGAAAGGACGUAGCUUUACACAAGAAUGCGUGUCCUUGUCGCUGUGUUGUGUGUGACUACGGUAUGGGGAUACCGGUAUUUCCAGGAUGAGAUUCCUAACGGGGCAGCAGUACCACACCCGUGUAAGACCAACUUCAUCUGGUGGGGCGUGGGUCACCUCAACCCCCGGGGAGGGGGUAGCGUCAAUCCGUUUGGUGAAGAUUUCAAGAACGCUGGAAUGAAGUGGACAAGAGCCCUGUGUGAGAUGGACUCUGACGGAGACGGAGAGACAAACGGACAGGAGUUGGGAGACCCGGAUUGUGUGUGGACCAAAGGAAGUGUCGCGGCGGUCACCAAAGACAUCAGUCAUCCUGGUGUUUGUACUCCAUAUUCGGAUCCAGCCUGCCAAGCAGCCAACACAUGGAUUGACUGCAAACUUGAAGACUUUCACUGCGAUGCGUUUAGCGAAGAAGGAGCUAAGAACAUCUCAUUAAGGAUCCCAAGGACUGUCGUGCCACCUUCCGAGACAAGCUAUUACUGUGUGAAGUUUCCAUUGCCUACAGACGUUGACUACCAUAUUGUUGGGUUGAAACCACUGAUUGAUAAUGAAAAUGUGGUUCAUCAUAUUAUCAUGUAUGGGUGUGAUGAUUCAGAGGAAGCAGAAUAUAACCAGCCAGAACCCUGUGGGAUGUACACUCCUCAAUGUACGGAGUUUAUAUUUGGCUGGGGACUUGGUUCAAAUGGCAUAUGUCUUCACACAGGCACUGGUGUCCGGUUAGGGAAAACAGGGUUCAAGAAAGUCAUGUUACAGUUUCACUGGAACAACCCUGAACGUCGGCCUGACUACACAGAUAACUCUGGAAUAAACUUGUUCUACACUCCACACCUCCGACUAUUUGAUUCGAAAAUAUUCGUGGUGGGUACAAAAUACUUCGAGCUCCCACCCGGUCAGGAGGAGGUGAGAAUCGAUGGCUGGUGUAGUAGUGAAUGUUCCUCGCACUACCUGACGGGACCACUAUAUAUCUCAAAGGCACAAAACCACAUGCACUACAUGGGAAGAAAACAAAAACUUCAGCAGUUCAGAAACGGAGUGUGGAUCAGAGAUAUCACUAACGAAGAUACGUUUGAGUACGACGGAAGUUUUGCCUUUGGUUUUGACCCUCCUAUCGAAGUCCUGCCUGGGGAUGAACUUAAAACAACCUGUGUAUUCGACUCCACUAGAAAAACCACGACGACAUUUGAGGGCGAUGGCACUUCAGAUGAAAUGUGUUACGUGUUCUUACGUGUCUAUCCGGCUGAAAACAUAAAAGGAUCCUAUUGUGUGUCGUGGAAAGAUUUUGAUUUAUGUAAAAUAAUAGAUUUUCCAUCAAAGUUCCCGGUGAUUGACGGCUGCGAAAUGCAAUCAAUUUUAAAUCCAUUUCAUCCAGACUUGAUGAAAAUAUUUUCAAACCUCCGGAAGUUUUGUAGACCAUUCGAUCUUUGUACACAAGAAUGCAAACAGUAUGUCAGAGACGUGGUGUCGACUAACAAAUGUUUCAGUGGGGAAAUAGUGAGUGUGUACCGUCACCUUUCCCUACAACACAUGUCUACAUUGAUGGAAUUGUGGGCGGCCAUUGAUUCCUGUAAAACAGAUAUUGAAAUUGAGACUUGUCAAGAGCAAUGUAAAUUGGUUGAGGAUAGUAAAAUGUCUUUAACACAAGGGUAGAAUCACAUCCUAAUGUACAGACACUUGCAUUAGUGCAUGUCUUACUUUCAAUGUUAACUGAUUUUGUGAUAUGAGGAUAUUUCCUUUAAAGACCAUAUCAAUCGCCAAUUAAAAGUAAAAAUAAAGUAAUUUCUCGCUGUCUUAUAAUCUCCUACACAGUAUGAUGCAUUACGUCACAUGUACAGCUUACUCAAUUAAACCAGCAAAUCUCCUAUGUACAUACCGCCAUUACAGGUCUGAGUACAUUUCAGUAUUGUUACAAGGAUAGCUUAAGAAAAUUAAAAGGUUGGUAUUUAUAUUCAGUGGGGUACGUUCCUUUAUCUCGUUAGUAAACCAUGCUGUAAUAUAUGAGGCUGUAUACUACAAUUUGCAGUGAUUCGGUCAGUGUAGGAAUACAUUGUGUCCUGGGUUAACAAGCAUGGCCACCGGUCACUUUCGAUUUUAAAACAAAGAGGUUUCCUAAUUUGUUAUUUUUAGUCCCUGGCCUCGUUGUCAGUAACUACCCUCCAGUCCCUAACCGACCAUCCAGUAAUCAGUUGUGAUUGGAAGAUUAUAACAUCGAGAUAGAUAUUCGAUUGUAUUCCAUAAUUAUGUCGGUUUCACAAUAAUGUGCCAUGUCACACACUCCAUAA